GAACAGAAUCCCCUUACAUAUGCUGGAAUUUGAACGAAUACACUUUUCCAUUUUAAUCACAAUAAUCAGGCAAUAUAUAUAUAUAUAUAUUUUUUACCAAUUGCCAUAAUGGAUUCCGAAGAAGCAGAGAACGUGGCGCCGCGAGUACGCUUCCGUUUGGGCAAAGCUGAGGACAACGCGCCCAAGGAGGACGCCACGGAGCCGUCGGCUGAUGUCAAGGAGCCCACGGAGGAUGGGAGCACAGCUGGGCCGGCGCGUUUCAAGCGCAAGCUGGGCUCCUGGAUAUUCGAGAGCGUUGGCGGUUUCUAUAUGCCCACGGAGGACAUUAGCAAGUUGCCGGUGCGUCGGCAGGAGCAUCUGCUCAUACGGGAUCUGAUCUAUGCGUUCUCGGGUGUGCCCUCGUCGCACAUACGCCCGGAGAUACCCUACAAGGAGAUCUCCCAGCUGCGCACCGAUCAGGUCGACAAGGUGCGCUUCAAGAUCGACGAGAGCUUCAGCGGCGCCUUUCGCUCCCUGGCCAACGAGCUGCUGCCCCUGAUCGGCUACUAUAUCAAUGUACAAAGCUUCAUCGAGGACACCAUCAUGACGACCGGCUGCGCCCGCACCCUGGGCAUUGCGCUGCACAAGAGCAUGCAGCAAUAUUUCGAGCUGCAGGCCGGGCUCGAGACGCAGCUCCAGGAGCGCAAGCUGGAUCUGCAGCAGCUGGUGCAUCAGUUGCGACCCUGGCUAAAGAUCAUGCAGGCGCUGGCCAGCCUGACCAGCCGGGUGCGUCGCUCGGAGCUGAACAGCGCCCAGCUGCUCUCGCUGAUGGACGAGCAUCAGGCGCACUUCAAGUGCGAGCAGCUCAAGCUGAUCCUCAGCGACGUCUCCCACUACUACAUGAAGAUGGUGCAGCUGUGGACGCAGAAGGGCGUGUUGUACGAUGUGCGCCGCGAGUUCUUUGUCGAGGACACCAGCGCCAGCGACAUGAGCAGCACUCUGCUCUCGCCCAAGCAGUGCUGCCACGCCUACUGGGCGCAACGCUAUCGUCUGCACAUGGAACGGCUGCCCAGCUUCCUGGCGGCGCAUGCCGAGCGCAUAUUCCUUGCCGGCAAGUAUCUGAACGUGCUGCGUCAGUGCAAUGUGCAGAUGAAGCUGAUGCAGGCCUCGCUCACCUAUGUGCCCCAGGUGGAGAGGGAGGGCGCGGCGAAGGUGGAGGGAGAGAUGGAGGUGGAGCCAGCACAUGUGGCGCUCAUCCGCAGCAGCUAUGAGCUGCCGGCACGCAAGCUGAUCGAGCUGCUGGUCAAGGAGCAGCAGCUGCUGCAGCAUCUGAACAAUCUGCAGGAUUACUUUCUGCUGAAGCGUCUGGAGCUGGUGGAGGCCGUGCUGGACAACUGUGCGGAUCAGCUGCAGUGCAACGUGGACAGCCUGAAGCCGGAGAAGCUGCAGCAGAUAAUGCUGCAGCUGCUGCAGCAGAGCACAGAUCCGCACAAGCAUCUGCUGCGCAGCCAGCUGAUGGACUGCGAUGUGGCCACGCAGCUGGCCAGGCGCCUCAAGCGUCUGACCAAGCUGAAGCCGGAGCAGCAUGCCGACCAGGAGCAGUCCAGCGAGGCGGAGGCAUCCAGUGAGACGGAGUCCAGCCGGCUGCCGGCACAGCUGGCGCUCAGUGGCUAUGAGGCCUUUACGCUGCGCUACGAGCCCAAGUGGCCCAUCAGCCUGGUUAUACACGAGGAUGCCGUGGAGCAGCUGCAGCUGCUGCAUCGUGUACUCUUCUAUCUGCACUAUGUGCUGCGACAAAUGGGCGCCACCCCCAAGCACAGCGCGCGGGCCGAUGCGCUGCUGGAGCGCAUGACCGAGUGCAUCCGACAGCUGGAGCAGCACAUGACCAGGGACAUUGUGCAGCCACGCUGGCAGACUCUGCUGGAGAGCGCACAGAAGGCACAAUUUGUGGAUGAGCUGCUGGAACAGUUCCAGGACACGCUCGACCAGUGCCAGCUGCUGUGCCUGUUUUCCGAGCCGGCGACGUUUGUGCGCGCCAUCCACACGCUGGGCCAGCUUUGCCUUAACUACAGCAGCUUCAUGGAGCGCCAGGGGAGCGGGCCGGACUUCGAGGCUGGCGUGGCCGAGUACGAGCAGGAGCUAAACAGCCUGCUCAUUGGCAUCCUGGAUCUGCUCAUCGAGCUGGCGCGGCCGAACAGCGCCAGCGGACAUCUGGAGCGCGAAUCCUGCAAGCAGCUGCUGCAGCGCCUCGAGCAUGUUAGCCAGGAUCUGGGCGACAGUUCCGCCUCCAGUGAGAAUUCGUUUUAGCUUUACUUUUAUUUUUGUGUGUGUGUGUGUGUGUGUGUUUCAGCCAUGCCAAAUUAACUGUGGCCCCCAAAUUUCCAGUGUUUGCCCAAGCAAAUUGCCCAAUUGAGGUGUUCAGACUAGCUGGCAACAAGUUGCAAUCAUCUAACAACAAGUUGCAACAAGUCGCAGUUGCAUCUAAAAUCAAUUUAAAAACUUCUCCCUAGUGCUAGAAUUAACUUUGGCGAAAGGGACUAAAAUUUAUGAAUUACUCGAGUUCUUUUCAGUUUUAAAAA